GAGAAUCUGGUAGAAGUAAGUUUUGGAUAGUUAAUUAAGUUUCCAAAUCUGGCACCUUUCAGUUUUGUCGCACCCUCCUUGUUUUUGACAAUGCAAUCAUAUGCUUCUGCUAUGUUAAGCGUAUUUAACACUGAUGAUUACAGUCCAGCUGCGCAACAGAACGUUCCUGCUCUCCGGAGAAGCUCUUCCUUCAUUUGCACUGAAAGCUGUAGCUCUAAGUAUCGGUGUGAAGCAGGAGAAAACAGUAAAGGCAGCGUCCAGGAUAGAGUGAAGCGACCCAUGAACGCAUUCAUUGUGUGGUCUCGCGAUCAGAGGCGCAAGAUGGCUCUAGAGAAUCCCAAAAUGCUAAACUCAGAGAUCAGCAAGCAGCUGGGAUACCAGUGGAAAAUGCUUACCGAAGCCGAUAAACGGCCAUUCUUCCAGGAGGCACAGAAACUACAGGCCAUGCAUAGAGAGAAAUACCCGAAUUAUAAGUAUCGACCUCGUCGGAAGGCGAAGAUGCUGCAAAACAGUUGCAGUUUGCUUCCCGCAGAUCCUUCUUCGGUACUCUGCAGAGAAAUGGAACUGGACAACAGAUUGUACAGGGAUGACUGUAUCAAAGCCACACACUCAAGAAUGCAGCUAGGCCACUUACCGCCCAUCAACACAGCCAGCUCACCGCAGCAACGGGACCGCUACAGCCACUCGACAAAGCUGUAGGACAAUCGGGUAACACUGGCUACAAAGACCUAUGUAGAUGCUCGUUUUUACGGUAACUUACAGCCCUCACUUUCUUAUGUUUAGUUUCAAUAUUGUUUUCUUUUCUCUGACUAAUAAAGGUCUUAU